AUGUCUGGAGCUAGAACCGCACCUGAGUUUCUUCCUUUACAUCCACAAUCAAAUAGACAGUUUCAUGAACUGCAUGCCGCAGACCUAAGUGCUGACCUGCAACGUUGCGACAAAGAAUUCAAUGAGUCUCUGGAACAAAUAAUUGACUGUGCGGACCCGAAUACGAAUGACCUGGUCCAAACCUUGAGUAAGACAUACGAGCGUAUGAAUCAAGAACGUUUGGCAAAUGCAAAAUUAAUUAAGAAGAUCGAUAUUUUGAAGAAGGAUUAUAAAUUAGAAUCAGACAAAUGUGAACCAAUAAGUUUGGAGAAUUGGGAUUCAUAUUGUAAUGGUGAGCGUCGUGCGCCAAGUUUAGUGGAUAUGUUUACUAAGAUGAAGGAACCCAGAGCCACGCUGCCGCAGGAAGGAAACACAUCUACUAUCAAAUUAUUCAAGAUAUUCCCAUAUCUUUGGGAGGAUCCAACUUGUGUGCUCCCUGAUUUGACUAAGAGUGGUAAUGAGAAGAGAUCCAACCCUGAUGACGAUGAUGAAUUACAAAUCGAAGGUGGUACCAUCGAAUUAGUUUGUCCAAUUACAUGUAAACCAUAUGAAAAUCCAUUAAUUUCAACCAAGUGUGGACACGUAUUUGAUAAAGAAGGUAUUGUAAAUUAUUUAAGAGGACAUAGUUCUAGAGAUUGUCCUCAGGGUGCAUGUGGUAAGAUUGUCACUUUAAGGGAUUUUGUACCAGAUAAAGUUAUGGCUCUUAGAUGCAAGAUCGCAAAAAUCCAUAAACAACGUGAAAUCCAUAAUAAGGAAGAAAAUUUGGAUACUUUGUAG